AUGAGUUGAGUUAUGAUGGAAAAUAUGUCUAGAGUUUCAGCUUUUGAACUUUCUGGAUUGAACUUCACAUCAGAAUACAGAUAUUUACUGUUUUCUCUAACGUUACUGUGUUACCCUUGUAUUCUAAUGGUGAACAUUGCAGUCCUUUAUGCCAUUGUGAUGAACAAACACCUGUAUGAGCCCAUGUACAUAUUUCUUUGUAAUCUGUGUAUAAAUGCAUUGUAUGGAACGCUUGGUUUCUACCCUAAGUUUUUAUACGACUUGUUGUCUGAUCGUCACGUUAUAUCCUAUUUAGGGUGCUUGGUGCAAGUAUUUGUCAUUUAUUCAUCAGCACUUUGUGAAUUCUCCACUUUGACCGUCAUGGCUGUUGACAGGUAUUUGGCCAUUUGUAGACCGUUGCAGUAUCACUGCCUCAUGACAAACAGAGUGGUCACCAUGUGUAUGAUACUUUCAUGGUUUUUACCUUUUAUGUGUAUGCUAGUCGGUGUGUUGCUAAGCUCAAGGUUAACUUUAUGUGGUUCAUUGAUCAACAAGCUUUACUGUGAAAACUGGUCUGUUGUGAAACUGUCAUGCUAUCCGACUAUUGUUCAAAAUGUGUUAGGAUAUUUUGUCUUUAUUAUUUAUUUUAUUCAUUCACUGUUCAUCAUGUGCUCUUACACCAAGCUCAUCGGUACAAGUAUCAGAUCGAAAGAAGAACGAAAUAAGUUUAUGCAAACUUGUCUACCACACUUGCUGUCCUUGCUCAAUGUGACGGUCGCCCUGUUGUUUGAUGUUAUGUUUACAAGAUAUGGCAGUGCUGGGACAUUUUCCCAGGAUCUUCGUAAUUUUUUAGCAAUAGAAUUUCUAGUUAUACCACCAAUUCUGAAUCCACUUAUUUAUGGGCUGAAACUAAAGAAAAUCAGAGCUCAGCUUGUGCAGAUUUGUCACAGGUAUGUCAUCGGGGCCAAAGGUGAAAUGCAUUGA